AUGUCGGCUGCGGAGACGGCUGCUGCUGCUGGUGCGGCGGCGGCGGCGGCGGCGGCGGCGGCGGAGGCGGCGCGGAGGAGGACCGCGGGGUGGGGGAAAGAAAGGCCCGCCGCUUCUGAAGCGCGCAGGACGGAAAAAUCUGGCAGGGUGCGUGGAAAACGCCAAAAGCGGCCCGCGCCGCGCACGCGCCGCCGAAAAGAAGCAACUUUUGGCGUUGUUUUAUGGCGGCGGCCGCGCCGGCCGGACCGAGCGCGCCGCGGAGAGUGUGCGUGCGGCCCAGAUAGUAGGCGAAAACGUCGCGCACCGGAGAUGGAAGCUGUUAUCAGCCUAUUGAGUGCAGCGGGCGCCGCUGCCGUGUUCCGAUAUUAA